AUGCCCUCUCGACACAUUGUAGCUCUCCUUCCGCUGGCUUGGGGCCAUACGCUCCCCUACAUCCACCUGACGACUCGAAUGUUGGCCUUGGAUCCGGAGUUGGUCGUCACGAUUGUGCAGCACGAUAAUUUUGGGAGUCUAUACAAGAUUAUCCCCAAAAUGCUCAAAGAGUUUGGCUUGUGCUCAUUUGACACAAGUAGGCUGAAGAUACAAGGUGUAGGCAAUAAGGACCUCCAAUCUUUGCCGGCGAAUCUGGAAGAGAGUCUGAAACAGCUCACAUCCAGAUGGCUUGAGCUCCUCGCAAAGGCUGUUGGAGGAGGGACCAAUUGGCCCAAGCCAAACACAUUGCAUCUGGACUUUUGUGGAGGCAAAUUUGUUCUCAAGGAGUCAGGGGCUUUAUUAGGACCGCAGGGGAAAAUCCUUUUCUGGUGCUCCACUGGAGUUGCGGCAUGCAUAGAUCAUUUCAGCCUCUUUGAUUUCAACAAGACGGCACAGGAAAUAUACACUGAUGAGACCAAGCAAGCAGGGAGGACAAUGGAUGAGAUUUUGGGUGACGUAGGCUGUGCCAGGAAUGGCAGUGACAAACUAGACAGUCGAAUCCUCGAGAUUGUUGAAGGAGUCAAGAUAUACAAUUACAAGCGCACUGCACAGGGCGCUGGCUCCCCUUGCCACAUCACUCCUGUAAUGGCCUCUGCACAGGAGUUUGCUCAGGCUGCAGACGGGUUCUGUUACCCCACAAGCAGCCCUUUAGAACCCACUGCAGUUGCCUUUGCUCGUGAAUAUUACAAGCAGCGCAGGCAAGAACUAUUCCUUGUUGGUUCUCAGAUGCAUGACAAUGACUAG